ACCCACCCGUGUCGACCAAGAGACGUUCUACCUCAAGCUAAGCAGUUUAAGUUACAAUUAAAGUUUGCCGCACAUGUAUACAAAUAGUACCGGCGGUGUUAAGUGAGUAGGUAGACUUGCCGUAAGGACCACUAGCGUGAUAGAGAAGAAAAAACUGCAAACUUAUUUUCUCAGAGAAAAGCGCAAAGAGUUAAUGCGUGCUCGUGGCUACAUAAACGGAUCGCGCUAUUGGCGGUCAGCAACAAUAAUGUACACCAAUAGGCUUACUUAAAAUUUGCGUAAUCAAUGUUUACUUAAUGUAAUAUAGCAAACUUAUUUAGAGCAGUCGCUUGACCCCCGACAUUUGACCUCUUAUCAAGUCGUUCUCACGAGUUUGAUAAAUAACUAUAUUCUGCGUACUCUACUCUCGACUGUAGGCGGUGGUGGUGACGUGGGGCUAGUACGUCUUAAGCCCAAAUAAAAUGGGCAAUCUGAAAAUUUUAAUGUGGCUAGGCCUAGUGUCCGCGGCACUGGCUUGCGAGCUAAAUCCAGGUCCUGGAGUAGGUUCAAAGUCACCUGGAGACAAUCACUACAGGCUGAUUGUUAACGGAGAAGUUGAGCGAUAUGCGCCGGAUCAGAGAUAUGUCGUGACUCUGGUCGGUUCCCGCACUCAUGACGUAGUACAACAGUUUGCGGGCUUCAAAAUAAUCCUUGAUCCUUUGAACCCGGACACAAGGAGGGCGCCCAGCAAACAGGGACAGUUCCAGCUCUUCGCCGAUACUUUAACUAAGUUCGACGAAGAAUGUACGAACUCCGUUGUCGAGGCUGACGAUCUGCCCAAAACUGAAGUCCAGGUCAUGUGGAAAGCGCCACCGGCUGGUUCAGGAUGCGUGCUUUUGAAGGCGAUGGUGUAUGAAAAUGCGAGUCGUUGGUUCGCUGAAGACGGUCAGUUGACCAAACGAAUCUGCGAGGACACGUCUCUGUCCAUCCCCGACUGCUGCGCCUGCGACGACGCUAAAUAUAGGAUGGUGUUCGAGGGGCUCUGGUCUCCGCAGACACAUCCAAAGAACUUCCCGACCCAAGCUCUGUGGUUAACUCACUUCUCUGACGUCAUCGGAGCCACUCAUCCUAAGAACUUCACUUUCUGGGGCGAAGGACAGCUCGCUUCAGACGGAUUUAGAUCUCUGGCGGAAUGGGGUUCAGUAGGUCUGAUGGAGCGUGAACUUCGUCAACACGGAGGUCUGCUCCGGUCCAUCGUCAAAGCCCAGGGUCUGUGGCAUCCGAGGGUCAAUUCCAAUACUUCUGCUGCCUUCACCGUUGACAAGAAGAGGCAUUACCUCUCUCUUGCUUCUAUGUUUGGUCCAUCUCCUGACUGGGUGGUGGGAGUGAGUGGACUGGACCUCUGCCAGAAAGAUUGCUCCUGGGUUGAAUCUAAGAUUAUCGACUUGUAUCCUUACGACGCUGGCACAGACAAUGGCGUCUCUUACAUGUCGCCCAAUUCUGAGACCGUACCCCGGGAAAGGAUGUACCGCAUCACCCCCAUGUUCCCUGAGGACCCUCGUGCUCCGUUCUACGACCCCGACUCCAAGACGAUGGCUCCGAUGGCCAGACUCUACCUCACCAGAGAAAAAUUAAUUUCCAAAUCUUGUGACGAGGAAACUCUUUUAGCUCUCGUCGCUGAAGAGGAAGAGAACACGCAGACGGUCGAUAAACCAGAAGUAGACGUCUGCAGGCUAUCGGCCAGUCCCAAUAUCGGAUCCUCGAUCGGGAGAUCGGUUCAAUCGGAGAUCGAAAACGAUCUCCCGAUCGAUCUCCAAUCUGCGUCCCAAUAA